ACUUGAAACAACACAAACUGACUCACAGUGAAGAUGAACUGUACACCUGUGAUCGAUGUGGGAAAGCUUUCAACCGUGCGUCUGACCUUAAAUCCCACCUGAGAAUCCACAUGAGGGUCAAACUACACAAAUGUGACCAGUGUGAUAGAGAUUUCUAUUCAUUAUCUGGUUUGAAACAACACCAACUUGUACACAGUGGAGAUAAACCACAUGUCUGUACCACAUGUGGGAGAGCUUUCAGCCUGCUAUCAACCCUAAAUUCACACCUGCUCAUCCACAGUGAAGAUAAACCGUAUACUUGUGACCAAUGUGGGAAGAGUUUCCGUCGUCCUACUUCAUUUAAGAAUCACCAGCGGAUCCACAGCAGAGACACAACGUACGCUUGUGACCAGUGUGGGAAGGUAUUGUAUUCACUGCGUUCACUGACGUCUCACCAGCGCAUCCACUCUGGAGAGAAACCGUACCACUGCCGAUUCUGUGACAAGAACUUCACAAGGUUAUCCUCAUGGAUAAUUCAUGAGCGUAUUCACACUGGAGAGAAACCAUACAGCUGUGACCAGUGUGACAAGAGUUUCAGUCAGAAGUAUGCCUAUGUGGUGCACAGACGUAUGCACACUGGCGAGAAACUCUAUCAGUGCCGGCACUGUGUGAAAAGUUUUGUUUCCCUUUCCAGACUCUCCAGACAUGAACGCACCCACACUGGGAACAACAGUACUGGUGUGGAGAAUAAACAGAGUGACAUGAAUGGAUACAGUACCGAGUCCAGUCAGCAGAGUGAUGAAGCUGCUGCAAUGCUGGGGAAAAAAGAGAAACCGCACCGCUGUGACCAGUGUGAAAAAUCUUUCACCCAGGUGUCCACUCUAAGGAGACACCAGCGUCUUCACACAGGAGAAAAUCUGCAUAUUUGUGACCAGUGUGACAAAGUGUUUUACACUUUGCAUAACUUAAAGACACAUCAGGUUAUUCACAGUGGAGUGAAACCAUAUGUCUGUCACCAGUGUGGGAGAUGUUUCAAACUGUCACCACAUCUAAAAGCACAUCAACUAAUCUACAGCGAAGGACGAUCAUACACCUGCGACCAGUGUGGGAGCACUUUCAGUCUCCCGUGUGGACUAAAAUCUCACAUCAAAAUUCACCAUCGGAAAAAGACCUACAGAUGUGACCAGUGUGAUGCGACAUUCUGUGUGAUGUCUGACUUAAGAAAACACAAACUCACUCACAGUGAAGAUAAACUGCACCCCUGCGAUCAGUGUGGGAGAGUUUUCAACCGGGCAUCGAUCCUGAAGUGCCACCGUCGAAUCCACGUUGGGGUCAAACCGCACAAAUGUGACCAAUGUGACAGAGCUUUCUACACGUCGUCGGACUUAAAGAAACACAAGCACGUGCACAGUGGAGAUAAACCUUACGUCUGUGACACGUGUGGGAGAACGUUCAGCCUGUUAUCAACCCUGAGGUCACACCAGCUCAUCCACAGUGAAGAUAAACCGUAUACCUGCGACAAAUGUGGGAAGGGUUUCCGUCAUUCAAGUACAUACAAGAAUCACCAGCGGAUCCACAACAGAGACACAACAUACGCUUGUGACCAGUGUGGGAAGAGAUUAUAUUCGUUGCCGUCACUGAAGUCUCACCAGCGCAUCCACUCUGGGGAAAAACCAUACCAGUGCACACAUUGUGAGAAAAACUUCAUGAGAUUGUCUUCGUGGAUCACCCAUCAGCGUGUUCACACGGGAGAGAAACCAUUCAGCUGUGACCAGUGUGACAAGAGUUUCAGUCAGAAGUAUUCCUAUAUAGUUCACAAACGUAUGCACACCGGGGAGAAACCGUAUCAGUGUCAGCAUUGUGCCAAAAGUUUCAUUUCGUCAUCCAAGCUCUCCAGACAUGAACGCAUCCACAGUGGGAACAAACAGUACUGGUGUGCAGAAUGUAAAAAAAGCUUCUCCACCUUAGAUCACUGGAAGACACAAGAAACUUCUAAACACAGGAAGCGAUGCUCCUCUCUCUGCAUGGUCAAGCUGGAGUGGUAGAACCUUUAAAUGUUUUCCGAUGACAUCAUCACCCUGAAUGGUGGCCUAUGUUAAAAGCUCCUGUGGUAGGUGCUGUGAGCCUAGCUGAAGUUUUGUAGGACAUACAGCACAGACAUAAAAUAACAACUUGGUGUUAUUAAGGGGGACCUCUCCAACGUUAAAAUAGCAGAGACAAAUGCAACUUGAAGUAGAUCAUGUUCAGAACAUGGAGAAAGAUGAAAAAAUUAGAAAGAAAACAAACUGCUCAACCAACAUGGGAGGUCCAGAUGGGAGAAUACAAUAAAAUAUAAUGUUCCUGAAGGAGCAUAGGCCUCUUCAGUGGUGGAACUUUGUGGAAUAGCCAGUCAGGAGAUACUUGAACUUUCAACCUUGAAGGAGCAGCCGGUUGGGGUCUGUGGAGACAAACUGAGAUCAAUAACUGUGAGAUUCCUCCACUACAAAAUGAAAGAGGAGAUUCUUGUGUAAAGAAUCACAUCUGUCUGAGUGUGUACACCAAAACUACCCUCCGUGUGAUCAUGGGUGUUGGAGUUGAACAGGUUCUGCUUCCAGACUCAGGUGUUCACCAAGUUGCUGAUAUUCUCUGAUGAGAAGUCGCAGCUGUACCAGACUGAUGAGGAGGUGAUGAAGAAAAGCCCGUCACAGUCCUCAUACCUAAAGAGAACCUGGCUGAGCAGCUUCUUGAUCUUCCGUGGUCACUCUGCAAAGUGAGUGCAGCAAUCACAGGGACAAUGGAAAAAAAGGAAUCAGGAGAAACUAUGUUACAUGGACUUCAUAUGUAAAACACUUCCCCUCCUGAAUCAGACACUCAAAGCACUUUUCAGAAGACCACAUUUAUCCCCUCCAGAAAAUCCUUAAAAUCUGCAGAAUCCUGGUGA